UUUAAGAAUUACUGUUUUAUAAGAAUUCUGCAAUACAGUACUGUAUAUAUGUGUAAAGUGUUUAAUGCUUGUCAGACUAUAACACUAGAGGCUCACGUGUUGACAUAAGACACUUGAAAAAAUGGCGACAGGAAAGUUACGUGCGAGGCAACCAAAUCUUACAAAACGUGAAAUAGAUUAUAUUUGUGAAUUGGUCAAUAAAUAUAAAAAUAUUUUAGAAUGUAAGAAAACAGAUUCGAAACAUUCAAAGAUGAAAGAAGAAACUUGGAAACAAUUAGCUAUGGAAUAUAAUAGAUUACCCGAAGUUACGCAAAGAUCUCAUGUUAAGUUAAAAAUGUUGUGGCAAAAUUUAAAGAAGAGAAGUAAAAAAAUGUUGACGGAAAAAAGUCAUUUUAAUCCAGACUGUGAACAUUCUUCGAAUAUUAUUGUACCUAUAGAUAUGGAGUCUUCUAUGGAAAAGAUAAGAGAUAUGCUACAGCAGCCCACUCGUUUGCCAUCUGAUGGUGAACAGGAAUUUCCAACAUCAGAUGCAAAUAGAGAAUCACCAAUUGCAGCAGUUCCAACAGAAAUAAUUGCUGAUAUUCCCACUCCUUCAGAAACCGUUUUAUCAAAUAAUGUUACUCCAUUAACUUAUAUGUCAUCAGAAAGACCAGUGUGUAAUAUUGAAAAAAUUACAAAAGUUAUAAAUUCAAGAAUAUAUUCAUCAAUAUCAAAGAAUAAAGAAAAGAGAAAAAGCUUUCAUAAUGUUUUAAAAAAGUUAAUAGAAGAAUAUCAUGUUGUUCAGAUUGAAGGAUUAAAAAAAGAACAAAAUGAAAAACUUAAAUUAAUGCAAGAAGAACAUGAGUUUAAAAUAAAAUUAUUAAAAUUAAAAAUUGAAGUUGAAACUCUAAAGAAAAAUAAACUAUUAAAUGAAUAAGUGUUAACUCUUUUAUUGAAUUCAAAAUUAUAGAAUAAAUUGUGUAUAAUAUUUGGAUUUAUCUUUUGAAUCUAAAAUUUUAAUUUGUUUCAUGAUGGAUUAUGAUUUCAUAAAGUUGUGAUCUAUGAUAAAGUUUCUUCAU